GAGAAAAACUCCACCACAUCAUUGGUGUGACGUAUCUGUCAGCUAGCAGGUAACAUAUUUUCACCAAAAACAGUGAGUUACAUGUGACCUGUAAACAGCAGACGAUGUCUAGCCGGGCUCUGCGACGGCUCCGGGGGAAGCAGCGGGGCCAGGAGGCUCUGGAGGCGGGGGAUGAGGCUGUAGAGCCGGGGGAUCUGGCUGGAGAGAGCCCCGAGGAGCAGGCUGGAGCCCAGCAGCUGGACCCGCCCAAACACAAGAAAAACAAGGCUCAGAAGAACUUCACUAACAUUUAUGAACUGAUAUGUGACUCCGACAAUGAGGUGGGGAAAAUCUCUUCUGAUGACGAGCCAGAGAAACAAGACAAAAACAAAACAAGUUGCACGGGAAAGAAUGAACGUAGUGAAAUUGAGAAAUCAACUCAGAAGCAGGAGGAAGUGUCCACUAAGACUGGAGACAGAGUUAAAAAGAAGAAGAAAAAGAAGAAGACAAAAGCCACCGAAGAUGCACAAGAGGCUGCAACUGAUAAUGUUGAUUUAUUGCUGGAGAACUUAGACCAGUCCAACAAUCUGAGUCUGCAAAGUGAAAAUUGUGGAGGGUCUGACAGAAGGUCCGUGCUACAUGUGGAGCACAGGAAUCUCAACCCAGAGACUGAGCUGAAGAGAUAUUUUGGGGCUCGAGUUGUUCUUGGGGAUCAAAGACCUCGACAGAGAAACCGGCAAUUUCAUCGAACCACCUGGAUGACAGGUCCAAAGGACAGUUGGCCUCGUUUCAGCCGCCCAGGAAUCUCGAUGGCCUUAUUGGAAUCAAAGGAUGGCAUUCAGUACUUCACCUUCGAGCACAGUCGGGACUAUCAACAAGUACAGUUCAAGUUCCUGGAUGCUGUUGAAUCCAUGGAUCCCAACAACAUUGUGGCGCUGCUUCAGCUCAACCCGUACCACAUUGACUCGCUGCUCCAGCUUUCCGAUGUCUGUCGAAUACAGGAGGAUCAGGAGAUGGCCAGGGACCUUAUCGAAAGGGCCUUGUACAGCUUUGAGUGUGCAUUUCAUCCUUUGUUCAGCCUGACGUCAGGUACAAGCAGGCUGGAUUAUCUCAGACCAGAAAACAGAGCAUUUUAUCUGGCCCUUUACAAGCACAUGAUGUUUCUUGAGAAAAGAGGAUGCCCACGAACUGCUUUGGAGUACUGCAAACUCAUCUUGAGCUUGGACCCAGACUCAGACUCACUUUGCAUGCUCCUGCUCAUUGACUUCUUGACACUGCGUUCCAGAGAGUACAAGCCUCUCCUUCACUUAUAUCAAGACUGGGAGGAGCACAGAAAUCUCUCUCAGCUGCCAAACUUUGCAUUCUCCUCAGCACUUUGCCAUUUCCAUCUUAGUCAGCAGGAAGAUCUGGACCCCGAGGAAAGUGACACACAAAGACAAGAGGCUAACCAGAGGCUCCAGGAUGCUCUCAUUAUGUUCCCAGGAGUCUUGAUGCCUUUACUGGAUCUGUGUACUGUACAAGCAGAUGCUUCAGUCACCUCACAUACCUUCUUUGGCCCAAAAAGUCAAAUAGGGCAGCCGCCGGCCCUGGCUGAGCUGAGUGCUCUGUAUGUGGGCAGGACAUGCAGUCUGUGGAGGGAGGCAGCAGUCAUGCUUUGGUUGGAAGAGACUGUGCAAGAGGUGCUGCGUCGAGUUGAUGCCAAAGACCCCCUUGUGGAGGAGUGUCAAAACAAAAGAAAGCAAAGAUACCAGAGUGCUCCAAGGAACAUCCAUCGCCAUGUCCUCCUCUCUGAGAUUAAAGAAGCCACCUCAAGUCUGCCUCUCGAGAUAACCACUCAGCCCGUGAUGGGCUUCGACCCUCUGCCUCCUCUGGACUCGGUGAUAUCAUAUGCUCGACCGGAGAGGCAGCACGUUGGUGCAUCCAAUGAGAGCACGUUGUCGCUGUUUUUCCGGUCUUUGCUGCCAAACUUUAAUGCUCAGGGCGGGCCGAGGCCGGAGGACGACAUGGAGGUGGCUCGAGCUGGCCAGGAGCUCAACCAGGAAGUGAAUCGUCUCAUGGUGGCAAUGAGGGACAUGCUGGCAAACAUCCGCUUUCAGGAGCCGCCCAGAGAGGACAAUCCCUACAGAGAUGAGGAGGAAUGGGACUGAAGGCAGAGACAUGGAAUAAGUGUUGAAUGAAAAGACUUACAAUAAAAAAAAAUUAAAAAAAAAUAAUUAGACGAGAUUUGUGUUGACGGAGAGGGUCAGCUGAACACUUUUCUACUAUCACAGUUUCAGAAUACUAAAGUCUGCUUUAGCUUCGGGUAGUCCAGAUGUUUGUGGACAUUUCAAACCAGCUGUUAAUUGAGCAUGUCACGUCACCCAGGUUGGAAAUUUUAGCUUGCUUCAUUCAUUACCAAGUGAAGAAAACCAAGUUCAGGAUAAUAUAUUUUAAAUUAUUUUAAGAACAUUCAUUUAUACUUGUGUGAUUUCAUAAUCAGCUAAAAUGGAAUUUUAAUGGAGAUGAAAUGAAAAUGAAAUGGAAGAUAUCAAGAUGGGACAACAAAUGGAAGAUACAAGUACCUUAAAGUAAAAGUGCAGUGAAAUAUACUGUAUUGUAAAUAAAGCAAUGAAUGGCAUUAAAAUAUUUUUGAAAGGUU